AUGGGGAUGAUAACUAGAGUGCGAGGGAGACUGAGAAGUUUACACGCGCUUCCUAAGUUAGAGCCGGAAGUACGGGAUGAAAAAAUUGCCGAAACUGUCUGUCUGCUAUCUGUAUUAUUUUUACUACCAUACUGCUCAAGAGGACAUGCACCUCUAUUAGUCAGUUUAGGAGGCUGGUGUGUGGCUACUUACUCGUUUUUGGUCCUGCCAGUGCUAAUAUCUGCCAACUACAAGUACCCAGUUAGAUGGCUCAGACAACUCAUGAUUAAACUGAUAGGUUUGUUGAAGAGGUAUUCUGGUCCAGCGUGGUCGUUUCUCUGCCGAGUGUAUGGUCCUCUGGACAAGUGUGAGAGGAUGUUUAUGAAGAUGUCUAAUAUCUCCAACCUGACAACACAGUUGGUGUUCUUCAUGAUGUGUGACAGAGUUUUGCUGUGCAGUUUUGGAGGUGGCAACUGCCCCCAAAAGAAAAUAACUGGACUGUAUUCACUGAUGUUCUACAACGUUAUCGCUUAUUGCACCAGUUACAUCAAAGAGCUCAUAGAGAAAGAGGACUGGUCUGUUACAGUUAGAAUGACACAGCACAGCAAUUUAAAACAUGUAGCAAUGACUGCCACCAAGAUAGUACUGGAAUGGACCAAAGCCAUAACUUUCAUUAUAACUGUCACAUUCAUGCUGCUUGUAUUUGGAUUGGAACAAGGACUAGAGCACUAUCAACCUACAGCCUUGUACACAUUUGUAACUUGGACGUACUACAUGUGCACUGAAAAAGUUUUUGUGGACCUGUUUCUACCGCUCCUACUUUGUUUAAAACUCAAAUCCCUUGAAGCUUUGGAACCUUUGUAUGCACCAGUGUUUUUGAGAUACUACACCGUUACACUAGCAGCCUUCCUGGUGAUGUUUCUAACUUUCUACGGUCAAGUAAGAUUCACAUUCAUAGCGUUCUAUUUGACAGUGUAUUUGAAAGUUAAAGACAUGGUUCUAAAUUGUUUAAAGAAACUGAGAGACGAGCAAGCAGUGUUGGGGCAAUUCAGAUAUGCUACAGAGGAAGAAAUAUUAAACUGGGACGACGUGUGUGCAGUAUGCUUAAGUCCAAUGGAGAGGGCGAGAAUCACACCUUGUCAACAUCUUUUCCAUGCUAAUUGCUUAAGGCAAUGUCUAAACACCUCUUCGAAUUGUCCCAUUUGUAAAAGAGAAUAUACUUUCGUUCACUAGCAUCUCGAAAAUCAGUCAGUGAUUAUGUCAGUCUGUUUAUAACACAAAGGACCUUUGUCAAAUUGUUUUCGAAUAACUGCCGUUCUAAAAUACAUUGACCUACAUUUACGAAUACAUCGCAUCAUCCAUUUAACUAGUGGUAGUGUAACAGCACGAUUUCUGUAACAAACACGAAGGAUUAAGGAGGUUAAUUUGGUAAUAAGGGCACUGACGAGGAGCAGAGCAUGUGUCUAAACUGGUACGAGAUACGAAGCACAUCUACAGUCUUAUUAAAAUGCUUGGCAUAAAAAUUACUUAGAGCUAACGAACGAACUAUGAAAAGAGUCAGUUUUUGAAAAUCCUUUCUGCUUUUUUCAAUCAAUUAAUAAAAACGUGGAAUGAAUCAUAUUUCAAAAUCCGUUGAUAUAGAUCAAUAUAAAUAUGUAAGCCAAAUUGAAGUAGGAUAUAGGAAAUAUAAAAGAUUUUUAUAGGCAUAGGCUAAAAAAUGUUUAAUAAAAAACACGAUGAUGAAGGUAUGCUUCUAAAAAAAAAUAUAAAGUGACUAUAAAAUAAAAUAUGAAAUCCAAAUGAAAUAAAUCACUAGAUACAGAAUACAAUAAUGACAUGUAGGAAUAAUAUUUUUCUCCUUCAUAGUGGUGGAAAUAUAGUCGAUGAUUUUUUUCAUGUAAAAAAUGCGUGCCCCAAUUUUGGAAAAAUAAAUAAUAUGUGUUUUCAUACAGUACAGUAAACAGACUUACUGCGUGUUAGAAUUCACUAGUGUAGUAUUUAAGUCUCAAUGAAUUUGGAAGCCUACAAAAGAAGUAGGUAUACUUCUAGUCGGAGAGAAGAAUUUAACAACAAUGUUCUUAUUAAAUUUCCUUAUAUAGGGUGUUCCACCUAACAGGGAUUCUCCUGUAACUCUGUAACUGUAAGAUUUAUAAAAAAAUUGGUUC